AGAGCCCACCAAAUUUGUCUCCUUUAUGAAUCAUGCACCUGAAACCUUCAGGAUCUUGCUUUAUAAAUAUGCAAGUAUACAACCACAACUUCAUCAAUUCUUACAUCUUCUAUUAUCAAAAACAGCAAGUCUUACAUUUUCUAUUUUAAAAAAAAACAAAUGACUUUAGCAGUUCAUUCUUCAACUUCUUUUAUCAAUAUAAAAGAAACCAAAGGUAUUAAAACACCUGAUGAUUUCUUAGGCAUGGUUUCGUUUGCACAAACGAAGCCAUCUUGCCUUCUCAUAACAAAGAGUUCCAUGCAAGAAGCUCACCUCUCUCAUGAGAGAGUUAUCGGUAAUCCCAUAGAAGGGAGGAAAAAUGAGAAAAGAGAAAAACUUCAUGUGCUAACAACUACUCACAGCAAUAACAGUACAGCAGUACCUGUUUUUGUGAUGCUGCCACUUGAUACCGUAACCAUGGGAGGGAAAUUGAACAAGCCGCGAUUGAUGAAUGCGAGUUUGAUUGCCUUGAGAAGUGCUGGAGUUGAAGGAGUAAUGGUGGAUGCUUGGUGGGGUUUGGUUGAAAAAGAUGGACCCCAUAAGUAUAACUGGGAAGGUUAUGCUGAGCUUGUCAAGAUGUGUAAAGAACAUGGCUUGAAACUUCAAGUUGUCAUGUCUUUUCACCAGUGUGGUGGAAAUGUUGGAGACUCUUGCAGUAUUCCCCUACCUCCGUGGGUACUUGAAGAUAUCGGGAAGAAUCCAGAUCUCGUCUACACAGAUAGAUCAGGCAGGAGAAAUCCAGAGUAUAUUUCCUUAGGUUGUGAUAUGUUACCAGUACUCAAUGGAAGGACACCCAUUCAGGUAUACGCUGACUAUAUGAGGAGCUUCAGAGAAAGAUUCAACGAUUACUUGGGAGAUGUCAUAGUGGAGAUUCAAGUGGGAUUGGGUCCGUGUGGGGAGCUAAGAUAUCCAUCCUAUCCGGAAAGCAAUGGUACUUGGAGAUUUCCUGGAAUUGGAGAAUUCCAGAACUAUGACAAGUACAUGAGAGCUUCAUUGGCAGCAUCUGCCAAGGCGGCAGGAAAGGAUGACUGGGGCCAGGGAGGGCCUCAUGACUCAGGAAAGUACAACCAAUUUCCUGAGGAUACUGGAUUUUUCCAAAAUGAUGGAACAUGGAACAGUGAAUAUGGAAAAUUCUUCCUAGAGUGGUAUUCAGGAAAGCUACUGGAGCAUGGCGACAGGAUCCUAGGAGCAGCA